UUGUUUUCAUCACAGAGUUCUCUCUCUUUGUAAAGGUAUAAAAAAAUUAUUAACACAUCAAAAAUAAAAUCAAAAUAAAUUGUUGUGAUCAUAGAGUUUUCUUGCACCAAUGAGUGCUUCAAAGCUUGUUUCUGUAUUACUAUUGAUUGUAUUAAUCAAUAUAAGCAAUAAUGGCGUCGAUGCAUUUCACAAAGUUUUCAAGAAAUUGCAAUCACAAUCGACUUCAUUGGAUUCAGUGAGUCCUCUUCAUAGAACCGCCUAUCACUUUCAACCUCCCCGCCAUUGGAUCAACGAUCCGAAUGCUCCAAUGCUCUACAAGGGAAUUUACCAUCUCUUUUACCAAUACAAUCCCAAAGCCCUUGAACCAGCCAUUUACCCAUCCAAAUGGUUCGACAUUAACGGUACAUGGUCCGGUUCAGCUACCCACGUACCGGGAAAAGGACCGGUUAUCCUCUACACCGGUAUCACCGAGAACCAGACUCAAAUUCAAAAUUAUGCCAUUCCCCAAGAUCUUUCCGACCCAUACCUCAAGACAUGGAUUAAACCAGACGAUAACCCGAUCGUAAAACCCGACCAUGGCGAGAACGGAUCCGCUUUCCGUGACCCAACCACGGCUUGGUUCAACAAAAAAGAUGGGUAUUGGAGAAUGCUUGUUGGUUCAAAGAAAAAGCACCGAGGAAUCGCUUAUAUGUACAAAAGUCGUGACUUCAAGAAAUGGGUCAAAACCAAACGUCCCAUCCACUCCAGAAAGAAGACCGGUAUGUGGGAAUGUCCAGAUUUCUUCCCGGUAUCCGUAACCGACAAGAAAAACGGUUUGGACUUCAGCUACGACGGUCCAAACGCCAAGCAUGUGUUGAAGGUUAGUUUGGACUUGACCCGAUACGAGUACUACACUCUUGGAAAGUAUGACACCAAGAAGGAUCGUUACAGACCCGACGGUAACACUCCUGACGGUUGGGAUGGUUUGAGAUUUGAUUAUGGUAACUUCUAUGCGUCAAAGACAUUCUUUGAUGACAAGAAGAACAGAAGAAUUCUUUGGGGUUGGGCCAAUGAAUCCGACACCGUUGAAGAUGAUACGUUGAAGGGUUGGGCCGGUAUUCAGCUUAUCCCAAGAACAAUCUUGCUUGACUCUAGCGGUAAGCAACUCGUGUUUUGGCCUAUUGAAGAGAUUGAGUCAUUGAGAGGAAAGAAUGUCCAAAUGACCAACCAGAAAAUGGAGAUGGGCCAACGCUUUGAGGUCCAAGGAGUUACUCCUGCUCAGGUGGAUGUGGAUGUGACAUUCAACGUUGGAAGUCUAGAGAAGGCUGAAAAGUUGGACGAAAGCUUCGCAACUAAACCACUAGAGUUAUGUAACUUGAAAGGUUCAAAUGUGACUGGCGGAGUCGGUCCUUUUGGUCUGAUCACGUUGGCUACAUCUGACCUAGAAGAAUACACUCCUGUUUUCUUCAGAGUCUUCAAAGAUGCUUCAACCAACAAACCUAAGGUCCUCAUGUGCUCUGACGCCAAGCCUUCGAGUCUCAAAACAGACACGGGCUCUGACGCGAAGCAGAGGAUGUACAAACCAUCGUUUGCUGGUUUUGUUGAUGUUGAUCUCGCUGACGGAAAGAUCUCUCUAAGGAGUUUGAUUGAUCACUCGGUCGUCGAGAGCUUUGGUGCAAAAGGAAAGACAGUGAUAACAUCUAGAGUGUAUCCAACAAAAGCAGUAGGAGAAAAAGCUCAUUUGUUUGUCUUUAACAAUGGAUCACAGCCUGUGACCGUAGAGAGCCUCAAUGCAUGGAACAUGCAGAAGCCUCUGAAGAUGAACCAAGGAGCUAAAUGAUCACCUCAUUCUUUUUAUUCUUUUCGUUAAUAAAUUUCAUUCAUUCGU